CAGGCAGGCAAGCAAUAACUGCAAUAAAAUAAAGCUGUCUCAUGCCUCACCAGACAUAUAACUAGCCCACAGCAGAGGCACUAAAAGAGCAUUCUGAAGGCCUGUCCUCCAAUCACAAGGCUCCUUGUUGGAAAAGCCAACUGCUGGAGCUUGCCAAGAGUCCCUAGCAACACCCUAGAGCUUUUGAAAUCUGGGAGAGAGAGAGAGAGACAGACUGUGGAGUCAGCUGUCAGCAGGCAGGCAUGCCUAAGCCUGGGGAAGGGCAGGCUCUCAGGAUGGACACUCCACCCCCUGAAGAGUCCUCAAAUAAGCACAAUGAAAAAAUGAAAUAUGAGGAAGAGGAGAUGGAGUUUAAGGAGCUGGAUGGGCUGAGGGAAGCUUUGGCCAGCCUCCGGGGCCUGUCUGAGGAAGAGAAGAGUGAAAAAGCAAUGCUCCGCUCACGCAUCCAAGAGCAGUCCCAGCUUAUAUGCAUUUUGAAGCGGAGGUCAGAUGAGGCCCUGGAGCGAUGCCAGAUCCUGGAGCUAGUAAACACAGAGCUGGAGGAGAAGAGGAUGCAGGAGGCAGAGAAGCUGAAGGCUCAGAGCAAACAUGCCCAGAAGCUAGAGGAACGCUUUAAGACCCUGGCAGCCAACCAUGAAAUGAUGAUUCGCUUCAAGGAUGAACACAAGAGUGAGAACAUCAAGCUGAGGGAGGAAAAUGAGAAGCUAAGGCUGGAAAACACCAGCCUCUUCAGCCAGGCUCUGAAAGACAAGGAGGCCAGAGUAUUGCAGCUCACCAUCCGGAGCGAGGCCCUCACCAAGGAGCUGGAGGCUCUGAAACAGAGAUGCGCUCAGGAUGCCAGCCAGGCCCAGGCCCGAGAGAAGGAGCUGCUAGAGCUUCAGAGCCAGCAGGCCUGUGCCCAUGCCAAGGAGACAGAGCAGCUGCACAGCCAGCUGCAGAGCCUUAAGCAGCAGCACCAACAAGCUGUGGAGCAGAUGGCAAAUGCCAGGGAGACACAUAGUAGGCUGAGCCAGGAGUUGCAGGCCAGGCUGCAGACCGUCACACAGGAGAAAGAAGAGCUGCUGCAGUUGUCCAUGGAGAGAGGCAAGGUGCUGCAGCACAAACAGGCAGAGAUCCGCCAGCUUGAGGAGAAGCUGGAAACAGCAGAUCUGGCCAGGAGGCAUGCACUAGAGCGGUUUGAGCAAGAGUCAGCGGCUGUGGACAGCAACCUGAGAGUUCGGGAGCUGCAGCGCAGGGUGGAUGGGAUCCAAAUUGCCUAUGAUGAACUCAGGCUGCAGUCAGAAGCCUUCAAAAAGCAUACCCUGGAUCUUUUAAACAAGGAGAGAGAACUCAACGCCAAACUCCGCCAUUUCCAACCAUAAGGAAGCCUCUGCUUGUCUAUCCCAUUAGCAAUCCCAGUAUUUGUGUCCCUAACAUUUUGGCAAGAACAAAGAGGACAUUCCAUUUAUUAUACUUGUAAGCAUUAGAGGAAACCUAAAGAAAAGCUACUUUCCUAUGAUGUUGUUGUUGUUACUAUAGUAAAGCUAAUGCAAUUUUUAGUUCUACCAUCGAGAAUAUACAAGACUUACCAGCACUAUUUCUGUAGUUUUGAAGUCUUCUAAAUUUGCUAUCAGUAUCUUUCCUACUCUGUAACGUAUUCACUCUCAACCUCAGAUGUCUAAAUAUAUUAGCAGCUUCUAUGA